CCACACCGUCCUAUAUAUCCUCACCAGGCAGAGAACAAGAACAACCAGCGCACGCAGCACUUCCACUCCAGCACACACACACACACACCAUCUCAAUCUCAUCGAAUCGAUCCUCGUCCACCGACAAUGGCGGCGUACAUGCGGGUGACGCACCGGGACGAGGAAGGCAAGAAGGUGACGGAGAAGAUGCCGGUGCCAGAGACGCGGCGGCCGGACACGGCGAAGCACUUCGAGCGGAAGCUGGAGGAGCAGGGGCUCCACCGCUUCGAGCGGCACCCGGCGAACGCGCCCCGCGGCGUGGGUAUCGGCACGCCGCCGCCCAAGUCUGGGCGCGGCGGCAAGUUCACCUGGGAAGGACCCGGUGGCGUCGUCGACGGCCAGCUCGACCCGGCCCCGCCCGCCAUCGACGCCAAUGAUCCCAACUACGUCGCGCCGGAGGAGGAGGAGGAGGAGGUGGCUAGGGAGGUGGUCGUCGGCGAGGUGGAGGUGGCUAAGGUCGCUGAGAGCAGGGUUGGUGUUGCCAGAGUCGACGUCGCGCCGGCCCUGCUCCAGGACCAGAACCAGUAGUCGCUUUUUUUUUCCUCUCUUUUUCCUGUUGUUUUCUGGAAGUGUCUCGACUCGGUGUGUGUUUUGAGUUUGUUGGGUGCAGAUCGUGCAACACCGUAAACUCUGCUUUAAUUAAUGUAUGUAUGUACUGAUCAGUAAUAAACCAGUGUAAUAGCAAGUGUGAUUAUCUUUGCAUCGCCA